AAUGUAGGAUGUUUUUACACGAUACACGACACAAUACACGAGCGGCUUAAAAACCACCGUCAACAGCUAUGCGCCCAUCAAAAGGCGGCAAAUUCAAAAGCGACGGACAGAUGAUCGUAGACGCUCAUAAUAAAUAGUUGCAAUGUGAACUUAUUGGCAUGAUCGUUCAAGAACACUAAGGUUUAACAAACCAAAAUAAAAGCUUGCUUGGUGCAUCCAUUGAACGACACGGACUGAACAGUUUCACGUUAGUAGCUUCCACGGACAGUAUGGCUUCCGGCGAUGUUAAAGCACAGAAACCUUGUGAUUUCGGAAAAUUUCAAUUCAAACGUAUUCUCAACGAUAACCCACAAUCGAAGAUCAGCUUUGUUGAAGGCAAGUUUGAAGGGAAUGAGGAUGCGGCUGUGGUGAUUUUGGAGAAGACACCGUUUUCCGAAGAGAUGUGCACCAAAAUCCUUAAGACACAGGAAGGUCCUGAGAAGGACGCAAUCCCUGAAGAGAUUUUUCGGAAUGACAUUUACUCUGGGUACCUGUUACGACCAGAGAGAUCUCUCAAUGAAAUUAAGGUUACCGUGAUAUACCCGGCAACAGAGAAGCAUAUUGAAAAGUACAGCCGGCAAGAGUUGUUGUUGGUGACAGAGACUGCCCAACUUUACAAGGAGCGCGUGGAGCCCUACCUCAAAGAUAAUUGUUUUUCGGUGCAGUGGGUUUACAACAUUCUUGAGCAUAAAGCUGAACAAGAGAGUGUCUUGUACGAGGAUUUCUCUGAACAGGUUGGUUUUAUGUUGAUUAGAGAUAUGAAGUGGGAUAUGAAGCAAAACGAAGAUUUGCACUGUCUCAUAAUGGUUCAUGACAGGAAGCUGCGGUCUCUCAGAGAUCUCCGUGCCCGGCAUUUGCCAAUGCUGAGAAACAUACGUAGUAAAGUGUUUAUCUACACGAAAGAAAAGUUUGACAUGGGUGAAGACAAGCUAAUGCUAUACUUUCACUACCAGCCUUCGUACUAUCACAUGCACAUACACGUCGUGGCCAUAACGGUUGAGAAUCCACCUGGUGGGGGCUGUCACCGAGGACACCUUCUAGAUGUGGUCAUUUCGAAUCUGGAAAUCUGCGACAAUUACUAUGAAAGAGCCACUCUUUGCUACACCCUUAAGAAGAACAGCCCUCUGGCAAAAAUUAUUUUCAAACAGCCAGAGGGUGACAUUGACAAUAAGAAAGAAAUCAAUGACGCCAACACAUUGUGAUGGUAUUCCAACAAAUCUAGUUAGCGGGGAUAGAAAGAACCGCUAGUCAAACAUUGGAAAUUUUUUCUUUGUUUUGAAACAGCGCGUAGUUUGUACAUACUUCUGUAAACAUAAAGAUAUCUCAAUUUUGGAAAAAAUUGUACGUGAUGAAAACGUAUGUGUUAUGACUCACAGAAUUAAAAAGUGUAUUGAUUUUCAUUGGGUCUAA